CCAGCACCAACCCCAGCAAGGGAAGAAAAGAUCUCCAUCCUCCUCUCCCCAUCCUUGAAGAGAGCUCAAACAAUAGAGGUCCAAGAGGGAAGAUUUAAGAGAGAAAAAGCUAGGAAAAGUGAGAAAGAUUAAGGAACUUGAUUAAAGUACUUUGGAGCUUCGCCGGAGUUUCGCCGGAGUUGGUCAAAGUUGGCCGGAGUUGGUCAAAGUUCACCGGAAAUAGUCAAAGUUCAACCGCGGAGCGUAGAACACGCUUAAGCUCACUUAAGUUUCAGGUAGAACUUGAAGGGUGCUACCAUCACCGUUGCUUCGGGCGGAUUAUCAAGGAGAGGAGACGUGAAAUGGAACGCACCGGUAAAGUCACCCGACGAAACCCGACUGGCCAGGCGCCGGGAAGGUCCCAACAUGGCAGUCGAGGGGCAUCAAGGGUGUCUCGAGAGCAGGGCCGUGCAGGCCACUCGCUGACCGUUAGUGACGGUCAUGUUGAAACAAUUGACGAGCAUUAUGAGUCCGAGGAGGAUUCAACGUACCGACCGGGAACGGAGCCGGUUGAAACCCCAUAUGAGGGGGGAGAUGAUGACAUUAGUGAGGGGAGCGACGAUAAUGACGCCCUCGAGCGGAUUGAGGAAUUGCUUCGGCAAUACCAACAAGAUCGCCAAAGGCGCCGGGCAAGGCGUGCUUCGGGAGGGGCUUCGAGAAGAGGGAGCCGUGUUAGCUCUAGGGAACAUGAGGAGUCCCGAGGAGGAAGAGGUACCGAGGUUCCCAUCAUAAGAAUCUCGAAAUACCUCAAAGAGGCGAGAGAGUUGGGAUGCAAACCAUUCGAUGGAAUGGGAGACAUCUCCGUGGCAGCCGAAUGGAUCAAAAGAUUCAAUGAAGCGGCCCUUGAUAUGCAGCUGCCACCCCAUAUGAAGAUGAGAGUGGCAACAAGAUUGCUAGAAGGAAUGGCGUCCACAUGGUGGGACGGUGUCAAGGGGAAGUAUGGUGAGGCAGUCACUUGGGAGAACUUCAGGCAAGAAUUCUUUAGCCAAUACUACUCCGACUUCGAGGUGAACUUGAAGAGGAGGGAGUAUACGAAUUUGACCCAAGGAGGGGAAUGCACGGUGAAGGAACUUGAGCACAAAUUCAGAAAGCUUGCCGAGUUCAUACCGGAGUACAUUUGUGAUGAAAAUCGGAUGGUGAACCACUUCUGGGAUGCCUUGGACCUUGACAUACGUGAGAGGGCAACACAAUUGCCUAAUAUAACAUUUAGUCAAGUCGUGGAACAAGGGUUGAAAGGAGAGAAGGAGUGGGAAGAGAGGAAGCGAAGAAAUGCCGAGGAGGCAAAGAAAAGAAAAUGGGAGAACCAUGGCCCCCAGGGUUCAAACAAGAAGGGGAAUCACGGGGGAGGAGGAUCCUUCAGGGCACCCGCACCACCAUCAAGGGGGAAUCCCAACAUGGGUGGGCAAAACUCGGGGUCACAAGCCCCGACAAAGCCUAAGUGCAGGAAUUGCAAGAGAAAUCACGAGGGCAAAUGUCGUGAUCCCCCACGGUGCUACCAAUGCGGAGAUACGGGGCACAUAAAGCCCAAUUGCCCUCAACUUGGUGGGAACCGGUCAUCAGGGCCAAGCAGUGCAACCAUGGUGAGUAGAAACCGGGGUGGGGCACCAAACGCAAGCGCGAACCACGGCGGGGCAAGUACAAGCAACGCACCCUCCGUGAACCAAGGAAGGACUCAAGCGAGAGUGUACGCAAUGACCGAGGCCGAUGCUCGGGCUAAUCCCUACUCCGUUGCAGUUUCAGGUAGAACUUGAAGGGUGCUACCAUCACCGUUGCUUCGGGCGGAUUAUCAAGGAGAGGAGACGUGGUUCGUGCUUCCUCCGUUUCUGUUUUAAAACAUUCAAAUUAAUGCUCAUGGAUACUAUUUUCCGAAUAAUUAUUUAGGGCUUGCACGCCCGUGUUUGCCACGUGUGGCUCGAAUGCUUGUAUUAAUAUUUCCGCUGCUUAAUUAAAUGAUUUACAUUGUGAUUGUUUAUGGAUGUACUAAUGUGAAUGGUAUUCAAGACGCCUUGUAUAGUAUGGAUGAGUUGGACUGCGGUUGACUAUUCGUACUGUACGGCGGGUUGUUGACGUGUCCGGGAAGGUCCGGGGCGUGACAUGCUUAGUCA